ACAGCCUGUGUGAUAUACCAUCAAUUGAGGAAAUCAAACUGGCGGUCUUUGACUUAGGCCCAAACAAAUCUCCUGACCUGGAUGGGUUUGCAGGGUUGUUCUUUCGAAAAUUCUGGGAUAAGAUUGGAGAGGAGUUCUGCAAGGAAAUACAAGAAUUCUUUAGAUCAUCGGUUAUGCCUCAAGGUUGGAACAAUACUCAUGUUGCACUAAUCCCUAAAGAUCAUGUCAGACCUAUAAGUUGUUGUAAUUUCAGAUAUAAAGUGAUCUCCAAGAUCAUGUCUAGCAGACUCAAAAAAUGGAUUCCAGGACUGGUUUCUGAGAUGCUAGGGGCUUUCACAGGGGGUAGAUUGAUUCAGGAUAACAUCAUCAUGGUGCACGAGGUGUUGCAUCAUUUUAAGAAUCGGGGCAAGAGUGGGAAUUGGGAUAUGAUGUUGAAAUUAGACAUGAGGAAGGCAUAUGAUCUCGUUGAUCGGGACUGUUUGGAAGCCAUUCUGAAAGCUUAUGAUUUUGAUCAACGUUGAAGAGGGUGGAUUAAUCAGUGUAUCCAAACAGUCCAGUUUUCGAUCCUGCUCAAUGGGACCCCAACUGAAUCAUUCUCACCUACAAGAGGAAUUAGGCAAGGAGCCCCCUUUCACCAUUCAUGUUCAUCUUGAUGUCUAAUGCAUUGCCAUUCUUGAUUGAAAAGGGGGUGCAGAAGGGAGAUAUUCAGGGUUUAAGACUGAACCGUAAUUGUACGGUGAUCUCUCAUUGUCUAUUUGUUGAUGAUACGGCUAUCUUCGGCAAAGCAAGCUUGAGUGAAGCUAUUCAGAUUAUGGGCAUUUUAAAUAAUUAUGGGAAGGUUACGGGCAAGAGAUUAAUGUGUCAAAGUUAUCACUGUUCUUCUGUAAGAACACUCCAGAGGAAAUCAAGAAUCUUAUUAUUUCCCACUUUGGCUUCUCACCUUCGAUCUGUCAUGAUAAAUACGUGGGUGCACCUUCGGAUUGGGGAUGCUCUAGGAAGGAAACUUUUGCUUUUCUUGUGGAGAGAACGGAAAAGAAGGCUAGUUCUUGGAAGAGCCUUCUUCUUUCCCUUGGAGGAAAAGAAACAUUAUUGAAGGCGGUCCUUCAAUCCAUUCCCACUUUUAUUAUGAGUACUUUUCUCCUCCCUCUUUCCAUUUCUAAUAAGAUGGACUCCAUUCUUCGUAUAUUUUUUUGGGUAGGUUCAAUGAAAAAGAAGUCCAUCUAUUGGUGUGAUGCAAGGGUUCCUGAAAAGCCAAAACAGGUAAGAGGAGUAGGUUUCCGAAAUUUUCAUUUUUUAACCUUGCUCUUGUUGGUAAACAGGUUUGGAGAGUGUUGGAAAAUCCAGAUGCUCUAUGGGUUAAGCUUCUGAAAGGACUUUAUUUCCUGGAUGGUAAUUUCUACUCAGCAAAUAAAGGAAGACGUGGCUCAUGGAUCUGGAACGGGUUGUGUGAUACGAAGGAGGCACUCAAGUCAGGAAUGCUGAAGGGAAUUAUGUCUGGUGAUGAUACAAAUUUUCAUGAUGACCCAUGGAUCCCUUCCAUUCCCUCAUAUUCACUUAAAGACCUCAAUUUGCCACCAUCUCAAGUUGCUGAAUGGAUUCGUCAAGAUGAUAGAGAGUGGAAUGUCGAGGCUUUUACGGGAGGUUUGUGGGGAGAAAAUUACAGAAGUCGUCAUGAAGAUUCCACUGGGGACGGCUGAUUCUAGAGAUAAAUGGAUUUGGAGAUUCAAUACUGCAAGGAAUUACUCGGUUCGAUCGGCCUAUCAUACUCUCAGAGAGAAACGUGACCAGCAAGGUAACCAAGAUCUUCAAGGAAAUGCUCAGCAGGAUCAAAGGGAUUGGAAGUGGCUUUGGUCCCUCUCCCUUCCCCCAAAGAUGAGGUUCUUUAUCAUGAAAUUUAUUCGGAGAGCUGUUGCGACAAGGGAGAGACUGUUCUCGAGGAAUUGUGCUCCUAAUCCAACUUGUCCAAUCUGUGAUGCACCCUCGGAAUCAGUGAUCCAUUGCUUGUUCUUCUGUCACCAUGCGACUUCUACUUGGGCACUUUCAGGGCUUAUGCCUUCUCUCCUAGCCCAUGAUUCUUCAUUUGAAUACUGGUUAUUUACUCUCCCGGAUACCCUUUCCACUACUCAUAUUCGGAAGGUAGUAUGCUACUUAUGGAAUAUAUGGUUUGCCCGAAAUGAGUUUAUCUUCAAUGACAAGGCUAUUACCCCAGCCUCUACUUUGACUGUAUCGGGUCGAGAUUUCUUGGAUAUAGAGGAAGCGCGGACCACAAUGACGGUUCCUCACAUUCAGCCUGCGACACAGUCUCGUUCUCAGCCUAGGGGUUCCCGUUCUUACCCACCACCAUCGCCUUUCUCGGUCUCUCGAGUGAUGAAUUGUGACGCAUCUUUUGUCUCAGAUUCUUCUGUGGCGGCGUAUGGUAUUACCAUUUCUCAUUCUCACGAUGAAGUGUAUGACGGCAAGGCUGAGACGUUCCUUUGUUCCUACAUGAUUCAAGCGGAAGCCUUUGGUUUACUUAAUGUUAUCUUGAUCGCAGCGCAAGAUCCGAUCCCCACAAGCAUCCGAUCUGACUGCCAGAGUCUCACACUUGCGCUGCGACAAAAUCCUCUCCUCUGGCCUUGGAUGUGUCGUGCGACUAUUGCACGUAAGGUCUUAGUCAUCCAAUAAGCUCCCUAGAUUCACGUUCAGUUUGUGCCUAGACGUCUUAAUGCGAUUGCAGAUUGGGUAGCUGGUCAAGCUAGGAGGAACACUUUACCAAUGGAUUGGGUGUUAUUGUGCAACAUCUUAGCUCCAUUGUUGUAAAGUGGUAUUGGUGUAAUCUGGUUUCCUUGAUUGGGUUGGAAUAAAAGGAGUUCUUAUUGUAAAAAACAAGGAUCUUGCAGCAACGCCUUCAUCUCUUAUUUGCUCAAUUCCUUCUCACACCGAACCCGCAACCCCAAGUUUUCGCACUGGAUCUCCGCUAAGAAAAUAGUGCCAUCAUAUAUGAUUAUACACCAUUUGAUGCAGAACAAUUCCAAUUCCUGAAAUACUAGAACGAUCCUCUCUCCUCUCCGACCAAAUCUCUCUCAACCUAAUAUGAAAUAGAGGCAUGGAUGUAUUUUGUCAGCUACAUUCAAAGUGGCUGAGAAUAUUGCAAUGCUGAUUUGUUGUGAUUCGUGAUUGAGGUGGAAUGGCAUAAAGGAAGGAUGGGGUCUCAACUCUGCAUAUGUUAUUGCAGCAGAAGGGAGCAGCGGAAGAGAAAGGGUUGGAGAAGGAGGCAGUUGAGAGGUCGGAGGGUUUUGUCGAUGAUGGGAUGGUCUUUUCAUUUUACAAAUGACAAACAUGCACUUCCUUUGUAAAUCUAUAAUUAAUUGUGGUCAACUAUAAAAAUUAAUUAAAAAAAUCAUCAGAAUGUUACGUGUGCACUUUUGCACGAAUGAGAUUUAGGGAGAAGGAUAAGAAUUAGAAGAAUAGAUAGAUUGAAAGAAGAAGAAGUGUUCUCCUUAAUGGGCGAGAACGGAACCUCUAAACUUUUUCGAGGAAAGCCAGCCUCCCAAAUUAACACGUAGGUGUAUAAACCCCUUUUCUGAUU